AUGGCCCUUACCACUACAGCCCCCGUUAUUACCACCACCGACACUCCACUCACUCUCCCAACUCGUUCAGAAAUAUUCCUCCCUCUUGUCCCUGAAGAUGUUACAAAGGAGUGGCUUGCUUCAGUUCUUGGCUUGAAGAUCAAAUCUGUCCGCAAGAAGGAUGAAAUCCAUGGCACCGCCAGUAAGCUGGUGUUCCUCAUCACCUACGACGAGUCUGAGACGGCAACAGACAGACCAAACAGUGUGUUUGUCAAAGGAGGCUUCAACCCGGACUUGAAAGCCGCCAUGCCCCUCUUCGUGGCCAUGUAUCGCCGCGAGGUCAGAUUCUUCAAUGAGAUCGCCCCUAAACUCUCCAAGAUGAACCUUCUUCGUUCCUGGUGGGCAGCUGAGAACUCCGACCAAGGAAUCAUUGUAAUGGAAGAUCUUGGGGAGAGGAACUAUACUUUUAGUAAAGCUACUGAGCCCUGGGGCCCUUCACUUGUGAAGCGUGCCAUUGCCGAACUUGCGAUUCUACACGCCGCCACGUGGGGCCAAGGCCAGAAGGAGUAUCCCUGGCUGACAGCGGACUACGACGAGAUCAUUAUGGGCAUGUUCUCUGGUCUACCUUACAGCGAAUUCGUCAAGGAUCCGGAGCAUCCGCCUCUCCCUGAAAACCUGAGGGAUUCGAAGCGCGUCGAGGCUUAUAUGGCCAAGUACUUUGCCACGCGGAACCCCAAAUAUCAAUGUUUAGUACACGGCGAUGCCCAUCUCAUGAACAUUAGCAUAGCGCCUGAUGGUGCUGUGGGCAUGAUCGACUGGCAACUUAUCCACAGUGGCUCGUGCUUCCAUGACAUUGCCUACCUCAUCGCCGGUUCUAUGAAGGUUGAGAGCCGCCGCGAACAUGAAAUGUCUCUGCUGGAAUACUACUUCGAGUGCCUUCAUAAGAACGGCGGGCCCAAGUUCUCGACUAGUGAGGAGGAUACCAUGAUCGAGUACAAGAGAUCUCAUAUCACCGGGUUUGGGUGGAUCUGCACUACAACAGCGAUGCACCCUCUCGAAAAUAUCUGGGCUAUGGUCCCGCGAUAUAUUGCUGCUAUUGAGGAUCACAAGGUUGUUGAUCUUAUUGAGAGCAUGUAA